ACUGCAAUGGGUAACGAACAAUUUCCUUAUUUUGUUACUGGCAAUUCAGGAGUCAUUAGAAGAUUAAGAAUUCGCGAAAAUUCUAUUGACUUAAAAGUUCCCUGAAUGGGUUUCAACUUACACUGAUGAUGGGUUCAACUGCUAUGAUGCGUACUAUGUAGGUGAUUAUACUGAACACCCUGAAUUCUAAAAAUGGGGGACCUGGAAAAAAUCCAAGGUGCCCAUAAGCCAAAUAUUGCCUCCAAAUUCGAUGAAAUACAGUUACACAAAAUUUUCAGAAAUUCUUCAUUUAGUAUGAGAUGAUAUCAGUUCUGAUUUCUGCGAGAUUAUUUUAUACCAUAUUUAUGGAAAGUCUAAUUAAGCACACAGUGGCAUUGUCUGUACAAAAUAAGCCAUAUAUACAAAUACGGAAAUACCUACCACCAGAUAAUUACACAGAAGCAUACGUCUGUUGCAAAUAGAAAUUAAUUUUUUAUAGGCAAAUAAAAUUGGUUGGUUAUUAAAGUUGUUACCUGAAAUGUGUAAUCUCCCUAAACAUCUACAGAAAUUUGGAUAUUGUUCUUAAUUUUUUUAUACAAGUAAAAUAUAAAUCUAUCUGCAUCCUAUUUGACUUGUUAAUUCUAAAAACCAUAUAUAUAAGACUCCUGUCAUGCUCUGUGUGUUUCUCUCAAUUUCUUGGAGACUGACCAAGCACAUUUAAGCCAAAUGGUGAGGAGGAUUUCAAUCCUUUUGUUGGUUGCGACUCUACUUGUUAUGAAUAGUGAAGCUGGUGCAACAGAUCAGGCUACAAAAGCUCUUUCAGACAUUGAUCAGAAGUUGAAGCUUCUCAACAAACCUGCAGUGAAGACUAUAUAUAGUGAAGAUGGAGAUAUAAUAGAUUGUGUUGACAUCAAUAAACAACCUGCUCUAGACCAUCCUGCAUUGAAGAACCACAAAAUUCAGUUGAAGCCAAGUAUCAGUUUUCCAACAGAGGAUAAAAGCAUCAAAAAUGAGUGUUCUAGCUCAGUAAUAUUUCAAACUUGGCAAAAAAGUGGUUCCUGUCCAGAAGGAACUAUUCCGAUUCAAAGAACUCGGAGGGAAGACCUGCUAAGAGUCGAUUCACUCGAGCAAUUUGGAAGGAAGAGCCUUGAAAGUUCCCAUUUGUUCAAAGAAUAUGGGCAGCCCAAAUGACAGUUUGCUCAUCUGUUCGGCUGGUUGUUCUGUGAGUAUUUUUCUUAAAACUGUUGUGUCUCUAAUCUGUCAAUGGACUUUCUGUGCUGUCAUUCAAUCUAAACAAAAUUGUUUCUGGUGUGGAUUUCUAAUAGUGUUUGGUGAUUUUUUAUGAAUUUGAACUACUUUGAUGAAUUUCAAC